GUAAGAAGUUGUAACCUGAGGCAGAAGGGGCUGUCCUAUGUCAUAUGACUGACAGCAACUGGGUGAGGUUUUUAAGAAGAAAAAAAAAAAAAAGAACUAGAGAGGCCCAGCUGUGAAGUUGAAGAUUUCCUGUUUCCCCAGGACUUGCUAGUGUGUGAGUCACAGAGGUUGCAGGCAGCCCAUAGGAAUGUAGGGAGGGCUGCUGGCUGCUCAGCCCCAGCACAAGGCAAGAACUCAACUGAACGAAAGAAACUUUGUGGAUUACUUCUUACGGUUCUAGAUUUUUAUGAGGCGGGGGGAAUGGAUUCUAUGGCUAGGGUGCUGCAACUUCUUUUACUUUGGACCCUGAUGGUCUCCUGCCACUCUGCCACUCUACACUUUGAGGACGAUGUCAGCUUCAUGUUGAACCAGCCUACAAAUACACUCUGUGCAUUUUGUGAUGUUCAAAAUGCAACAUGCAAAGAAAGCAAAGGGAAAUGCAAAACUAGCUGCGACAAACAUGCUUAUUGUGAAGAUGCUGAAGAGGUUUGUGUGACCUUAUGGAGAAGGAAUGGUUUCCAUGUAACUGAGGAAACACUAUGUCACAAUCCCCAGUUCCUGCUAUAUGGACACAAAUUAAAUGAUUUCAACUCCUCAACAUGUCACAUGAAAAGGACGGCUCAUGAACAAACUCUGUUUAUAUGCGCCUGUAAUGAAGAUCUUUGUAACCAAGAGUUUACAUUUGAUAAAAAAGAUCAUCAGAAAGACACACCAAGCCAUAAAAGAAGACCACAUAAAGUGCCUCGACAGAAAUCCAUGCCACCUGAAAAUGCCACCAGUGCUUUUAGUAAGGUCGCAGAUGGUGAGAUAUGGCGUCAACUAUGCAAAUUUUGUGACAAUAGGACUUCCGAAUGUAUGUUUAAAGAACCAAAUUGUGAAAGCAGUUGUAAUAUAACUUCAAUAUGUCCAGCAGAAGGUCAAGUAUGCGUGUCAAUAUGGAGGAGUAAUGGUACUACCGCAACUGAAGAAACACUGUGCCAUGACCCCACACAACCCAUAUACGGGUACAAGCUUGAUGACUAUAACAACAAGAAUUGCAUCAUGAAAGAAAAAAAGACUUCUGAAGGAAUUAUGUUCAUGUGUUCCUGCAGUUAUGAAGAAGAAUGUAAUCUAAUUUUUUUAUGGGACGAAGAAAAUGUCGCUUGGCCAGACACAACAUUUGUGGCACUUUCAAGUCUACUUCCACCACUUGUGAUUGCGUUUACAGUAAUCUGUAUUUUUUAUUGUUACCGUAUCCAUAUGAAAAAUAAGCUCAGCAAAAAGUGGGAGAAUAACCAAAAAUGUAUUAGACACCAGAAUAUGGAGUGUAGUGACGACUGUGCCAUGAUGCUUGAUGAUGACCGCUCAGACAUAAGCUCAACUUGUGCCAACAACUUGAAUCACAACACUGAGUUACUACCCAUUGAGCUGGACACUUUAGUUGGCAAAGGACGUUUUGCAGAGGUGUAUAAAGCCAAACUGAAACAAAAUACUUCAGAUCAGUUUGAGACAGUAGCUGUCAAAAUUUUCCCUUAUGAAGAGUAUACAUCCUGGAAAAUAGAGAGAGAAAUAUUUUCUGACAUAAAUCUUAAGCAUGAAAAUGUUUUGCAAUUCUUGACUGCAGAAGAGAGGAAGACUGAUGUUGGCAAACAAUACUGGCUAAUCACAGCUUUCCAUUCCAAAGGCAAUUUGCAAGAGUACUUAACAAGGCAUAUUAUUAGUUGGGAGGACUUCUUACAGCUCGGUAGCUCUUUAGCUCGUGGUGUGGCACACUUACAUAGUGACCACACACCUUGUGGAAGACCAAAGACACCAAUUGUUCAUCGAGACCUGAAAAGUUCAAAUAUACUUGUUAAAAAUGAUAUAACCUGUUGUGUAUGUGACUUUGGGUUAUCCCUUUGGCUUGACCCAUCUCUAUCAGUGGAUGACCUUGCCAACAGUGGACAGGUUGGGACUGCUAGAUAUAUGGCCCCAGAGGUCCUUGAAUCAAGAAUUAAUUUGGAGAACAUGGAGUCAUUUAAACAAGCUGAUGUGUAUUCUAUGGCACUUGUCCUGUGGGAAAUCACAUCCCGCUGUAAUGCAAUUGGAGAAGUAAAAGACUAUGAACCACCAUUUGGCUCCAAGGUACGGGAGCAUCCAUGUGUUGAAAGCAUGAAGGACAAUGUCCUAAGAGACAAAGGUAGACCAGAAAUUUAUAACAGCUGGUCAAAUCAUCCGGGUAUUCAUCUAGUAUGUGAAACCAUCACAGAAUGUUGGGACCAUGACCCAGAGGCCAGACUCACAGCCCAAUGCGUGGCUGAGAGAUUUUAUGAGUUAGAGCAUUUUGACAGAAUCUCUGAGAGAAGCUGCUCGGAAGAAAAAAUACCAGAGGACUGCACGGAAAACACAAACAAAUGAAACGUACAUUAGAGACAUCAUAUUUUUUGGAAACGUAUCACUGCAGUGAGUGCAGCCAAGGAAAUCUUUGGAAACUAUGCAAUAAGUCAUUGAGUCCAGGAUAAAUUGUUUAUAACUGGAGCAAUAUCUAAUAUGCUUUCCAGUUUGAAAGCUGACAUUGCCAUAGAGUGAUCAUUUAAGGAUCUCUCUGGACAUUUUUCUCUUAAAAUAGCCAUACUUAAUGUGCACUUUAUUCAUAUUUGUAUAAAACUACACAUUGGCUUUAAUGUGUGGACACAUUGUCUAAGAUAAACCAAAGGUAUAUUACUAGGAAAAUGUAUAAUGCAUAGGACAAUUGAUUAUAAGAAAAAAAAACUUGAUAGAGCUAUUCACAAAGUUAAUACAUAAGCUGUGAUUGGUUGUGUUUGUAUGUUUGUGUACAAGACUGAAUUUUUAUCUUUAGAAAAUUAUAUUUUUGAGUCGCUACCUUCUAACCCUUUCUUUUAUUUUCCUUCUGUGUGAAUGAGGUUGUUUGGCUAUGUUCUCAUCAAAUUUUUUACAUUCUUUUAAAAUGUUCUUUUUUUAUUGUUUUUAAAAAAAGUACAAUAUUUACAGAAAGCAAACAUGGCUUUUGAUGGGUCUGUUAUAUCCAUUUGUAUGCAUUUUCAAAAGGAUCCUUUUUUUCUUGUUUAGAGA